AUGAAGCAUGGGGAUGAACAGUGGAAACACUGCUUUGAUCAUAUGAGUGACCUUGAGAAGGUGAGAUCUGUGUACAGAGAUUUAACUGACUGUGUACCUAGACUGACAGAAAUAGAGAAACACUUCUGUGAUCCUGAAGACAAAACUCUGCCCUCAUUCAUGGAGACAGUCAGGUACCUUAGACAGGAAAUACAAACCAGGUCUGAAAAUUUCACACAGUGGGUCAACAUGGAGACAAAAAAACAUAGCACAUGGUCAGAUAAGGAUGAAAUAAGGAGAUCAGGGCUAGAAUCAUCAAGUGAUGAUGGUGGAAAGAAGAUUGAGGUGGAGACAUUUAGUGGAAAGGUGGAGAACUUGAUAGCUGGUCUGUUACUGAGUGUACAGGAACUUACACAGAAUCACAAACAGAGUACUGCAGAGGAGAAAUGUAUAUUUAAUUUCAUAGAAGAGGAUACUGGGACAUUGUUAGAGGGACAUCUAGUCGUCCAUCUUGAAGAGAGAUUAAAGAGAGAUAAACAAUGUCGUCAACUGAAAAAGAUAAUUCAGUCUCUCAAGACUUUGGUGAAGAAUGUACUUGACCUUACAGACACAAGUUCAGAUGUCCUGACCUUUGUCCAGAUUUUAGGACAGUGUCAGUCAUUAGUGCAGCAGUACCGAGACACGGUGGAGUAUUACUUAAUUCAUAGUUUGGCUGAGAACAGGGUGACAGGGAAACUCCUGUCUGUUCUGUUAGCCGUCUUCACUGAACUGGCCUCUAAAGGGUUCUGUGUACCAGCUGAGUUUGAGGAUGAUCUGGCAGUAGAGGGAGCUACAGAGUUUGAGUACAUUGAGGGAGGGGGGAUCAGAUAG